UCAAAACUCACUUUUAGCGUGUUUAUUUUUGCAAUAAUUUUAUUACUCAUGCGCACAUUUGUAUAACAGCACAAAUGGUUCCAAAGCAUUAGGGCACAAACAUUUGUAUUUAUUAAAAAUAGGAACUCAUUGCUGAUUCUGCACAGUAAACUGUGUAAACAAACAAACAAACAAAAACAACAGCAGAAUUAAAUGAACCCUGCUAUUAAAGCAAACACAGUCAUAUCAUAGAUGGGUUCAGCGGGUAUUUUCUUUUAUUAAUAACAAAUUGUGUCCACCAGCAAGCGAAAAGCAACAUGUCCAGCAUGAAUUUCCACAUAUAUUCAAUUUAAAUUUAGGUCCGUUUUUGUUAUACAGCGCCAGAUCAUAACACACGUUGUUUCAUUGAACUAUAAAUAAAACCUAUGGGUCCAAUUUAUAUCUAGUUGCAUGAACCCCAGUUUAACCCAAGGAUAUUGACUGUAAACUUAACACAUGAAGGAAUUUACUACCAAAGGAAUAACGUUUUCCAUUAUUCUUGCUUUUAGGAAAUCUCAUGCCAGAAGCGACAGCACGCUAACUUUAGGUCAUUUAGGCUUUUAAGUUAUUUUUUUAAAUAUUAUUUUUACUUGUUAUUUAUUUGUCUAUUUAUUUUUUUAUUUGGCUGUGAAACAACUGCUGCAUUUGCAUACAUGUGAAUGCUACAUUCAGUCAUUUAUAUUACAUUUCUGAGCACAAAAGAAUGCUGUGAUUUAUUCUUCAGCCAGGCUGAACGCUGUCUAAUCAUGUGAUCCGCAGUGUAACCAAUUGGCAGCCGAGAAGAUGGUAAGGGCAGGAGAAAAAAAUACUACCAUUUUAGGGGAGGAUGCAAACCACUAUACCAGCCCAUCUAACGUUUUACUGGCGCACUUAAGUGUCUUUUUAUUGAAAUAAUAAAAUAAACAUGUCGCUAACGAAUUAUUAUUCCAUGAUGGGUGUCCAAGCCGAGGAGACGUAUGGUGCGCAUUUCAUCCCGGGAGGCUUGCAGGGUUCGACGGCCGGGUGCGCGAAGCCUUCCCGGGGAGCGGAGCCGGAGCAGCAGGAGGAGGGGGGGACCCUUUGCCCACACAUCCCGGAUUUUUCCCAUUUCUCCAACAAAGCGAGCCUGAAUGUCUUUUCGCCUUGGACAAACACGUCUACCUCCUCCGCGGUGUCUUCCCAGCUGCAGUCCGCCUCCGGUGCCUCCCUCCCUGGCCUCUUUCAUCCACAUCCCCUCCUGAGCCACCACCACCACCCUUACUACGGCCCGCAGGCUCCGAGCCACGCCGAGAACCUCGCGUCCACCGCGUCGUCCGACAGCAGGUUUGUCCGCUGCUGGGAGGGGGGGACCCCGACCUCAGAGGCCGCUCUGUCGCAGGUUACACCCAGUUUCCCCGCAUGUCUCCCCACGCAGGGGGACCUCUUAAAUCCCAGCCCCACGUAUGAAGCGAUUAAACCAGAGAGCUCCCCACCGUCACACGAAAGCGCCGAGGACUCUAGCUUCACCAGCCCGGCAGAGGUGGUCCUUGAAAGGCUGGGGACGGCGGAGGAGCUGGGGAGGAACUCCGAGCCGAAAAAGGAGGACGAGGAAAGAAAAACACGGCAGCAGCUCGACGCGGAAAAUCCAUCCGCCAGCUGGAUCCACGCCAAAUCGACUCGGAAAAAGCGGUGUCCAUACACCAAACACCAAACCCUGGAGCUGGAGAAGGAGUUCCUCUACAACAUGUACCUAACGAGGGAUCGGCGCCUGGAGGUGGCAGGACUCUUAAAUCUGACAGAGAGACAAGUGAAGAUCUGGUUCCAGAACAGGCGGAUGAAGAUGAAGAAGCUAAUGAUCCGGGAGAGGAGGAGUAUGAAUGAAUGAUGGCUCUGGAGGCUGAGUAUCUUAUGUUAUUAUAUAUGUGUAUAUAUAUAUAUAUAUUUUGUUUUUUGUUUGUAUUUUAACUUCCCACCUGUGAUGGGGCAAGAGGCGGAGAGGCUAUCACUGAUUAAGGAAACGCAGUUCUCCAAGAUGCUCAGCAUCAGCUGCCCUCAUCACCUGUUCACAGACUGUGGAGAUAAUAUAGAAAUGGGGAGACCAGGAUGUGUUGUAAUACUUCGCUGCCUUUGGCCCUAAUGUUUUAAAUAACCAGAACUCCGCUGCAGAAGUCUUCCAUCCACAAGUGCUACAGUGACAACAAUCUGUAGUAUGGCGUUGUAAAUAAAUAUGUAUAUAACAUGAUUGGAAAUUAUAGUAGCAGGUAGGUCAUAAUCAAAGACUUUGCUCGCCUUAAUACAAACAGGCUUCUUAAAAUGCAUAUAUGCAGUCCUUGUGAAAGUAUUCACACCCUGAUCACAGGCACAAAUUUCGGUAAAUUCCGCUGGGAUUGUAUGUGAUAGAUUCACACAAGAUAGUGCAUACUUGUGAAGUCAAAGAAAAAUUAUAUGUGUUUUUUAUUUUACUAUUUUUGAUAAUUCAAAUGGGAAAGUUCUGGCAUGCAAUUGUAUUCGGACCUCUCUACUCUUAAACUCCUGAAUGAAAAUAAUCCAGUGCAGCCAAAAUUGAACAAAAAGCAUCAUGAAGACAAAGGAGCACAGCUGGCAGGUCAGGGAUAAAGCUGUGCAGAAGUUUAAAGCAGGUUUAGUUUAAAAAAACAAUACUGCAAGCUUUGAACACACCAUCCCCGUGGGGGAUCCAUGGUGGUGGCAGCAUCAUUCUUUGGUUUGAUUUUCUCCAGAGCUAAAGUAACUGAGAAUUUGUGGCAAAACAUAAGAAUUGCCACCAACAGUCGCUUGAGAUGAAAGGUUGUUCUGCAAAGUAUUCACUCAGAGAGGCUGGAUACAAAGGCUUGCCACACUUUUCAGAUUUUCAUUUGUAAAAAGAUGUCAUCAUUUUGCUUCCCUUUCACACCCAUGCUCUACAUUAUGUUGGCCUGUCUCAUAAAAAUCUCAAUAAAAAACACUGCAGUUUGAGGUGUUAAUGUGACGAAAUAUCAA